GGACCCGGCGGGCCGGCCGGCCCGCGGGCGCGUCUGCGUCUCGAGGAAGUCUCGCGGUGUUUGCAUUUGAACUGCCUGGCGGGUGCCGGCCAUGGCGGCGUCACUCCCGCGACCCGGGAGUCAGCUCUUCCGAACGUAUGGGGCUGCCCGCGGCGGGCCGCGGCGGCGGCCGGGCCAGGCAGCCGUGCAGUGGUUCCCGCCGCAAGACCGGAAGCGUUUCUUCAGCAGCAGCAGCAGCGACGCCAGCGGCGGCGGCCCCUCGCAGUCCGUCUCCUCCGACGAUCCUGACGACCCCGACUUCCCCAGCAGCCCGGUGGGUCAGCGGCGGAAGCGCGCUGGCGGCCGACUGUCCAGGAACCGCCCGAGUCUGAACGCGACCCCGAGACGCCUGAGGCUGCGAGCGCGGUACCCUCAGAAGUGCAGCACCCCCUGCGACCCGCUCGGACCGCCGCCCUUCCCCAACCGCAACCCGGGCCGCCUGAGCCCGGACCUCAGCGUGUGCAGGCAGCCCAGGGACGGCGGCGAGCUGGGCACCAGUGCGUCCCUGUUUAGCUCUCCGGCCUCUCCCGGCCCCGGGUUCCCUGCGCCAGGAGACAGCAUCGGUACCGACCCUCCUGCCUCUCUCCAUGCAGCCUCUGAAGCUCCGAGCGGCUUCCACCUCCCAGGAACCUCCCUGGACCGGCCACCUCUCCCCUGCUCCCAGGAGGCGGCGACAGCAGGAAGCAGGCUCACCAGGUUGGCCCACCAAGCCCAUGCCAGCCUCAGGUCAGCUCUCUUUAGCCUUUUGGACCCAGGAGAUCUUGAGCAUUCUGAGCUUGGGGCAGAUGGGAAGAGUAUGAGGGAAUCCUGCUGUGAAAGGGAACUGGUGGGGAAUAGGCUGGACAGUCCAGGUUUAUCAAGCAUGGGUAAGAAGAGGGCCACAGGCCAGGACUCUUGUCAAGAGCUCGGGUCUCAAGGAACUAUCCAGGUAGAAUACCAGGGGGCCCGCAGGUGCAAGGGCGGUAUUAUACCUGCGAAAAUCAACCGGCCUGAAAGAAGUGGACCAAGCCGGAAAAGGAAGCAUCAGGAGACAGCAGAAACCUCCCUCCUUCAUCACCACCAGUUUAAAAAAGGCCAAAAGAUGGAAGAAGAUUCAUUUGUCACCCAGGAGCUGACUCAUUCACAGAACACCUGCUCUUGGACCAAAUCCAGGGCUUCCUUCAGUUUCCACAAGAAGAAGAUUGUUGUGACUGCUGUGUCGAACGUGUGUAGCAGCUACACCGUUGCCAGUUCCCUCUCUCAGUCCCUCAUGUCAGAACAUUCAAACCCUCCUGUCACGAACAGAACAAACAGUGCUCUGUCCCCUUGGCACUCCUCCUCCAUGUAUUUGCUCACCCCCUUAAAGUCACUACAUGUCACAGACAAAAAGGCCUCUGAUGCAGAAAAGGUUUAUGGGGAAUGCAGUCAGGAGGGCCCUGUCCCCUUCAGCUACUGCCUUUCCGAAGAAAAACUGGAAUGCUGUGAGAAGAUUGGGGAAGGGGUGUUCGGCGAAGUGUUUCAAACAAUUGCUGACCACACACCAGUGGCCCUGAAAAUCAUUGCUAUUGAGGGACCCGACUUAGUCAAUGGAGUUCAUCAGAAAACUUUCGAGGAAAUCCUGCCGGAGAUCAUCAUCUCCAAAGAGCUAAGCCUCUUGUCUGCUGAGGGAUGUCAUCGCACCAACGGCUUUAUCGGGCUGAACUCGGUGCGCUGCGUUCAAGGAUCUUACCCUCCCUUGCUCCUCCAAGCCUGGGAUCGCUACAACUCAACGAAAGGGUCUGCAAACGACCGGCCUGACUUUUUUGAGGAAGACCAGCUCUUCAUCGUGCUGGAAUUUGAGUUUGGCGGGAUCGAUCUCGAGCAAAUGAGUUCGAAGCUGAACUCCAUUGCCACCGCCAAGAGCAUCCUGCACCAGAUCACCGCCUCCCUCGCCGUGGCAGAGGCCUCGCUGCACUUCGAGCACCGCGACUUGCACUGGGGAAAUGUGCUCUUGAAGAAAACCAGCCUCAAAGAGCUCCACUACACCCUCCACGGGAAGACGUACCCCAUCGCCUCCCGCGGGCUGCAGGUCAACAUCAUCGACUACACCCUGUCUCGCCUGGAGCGGGACGGGAUCGUGGUUUUCUGUGACAUCUCCAUGGACGAGGACCUGUUCACUGGAGAAGGUGACUACCAGUUCGAAAUCUACAGGCUGAUGAGGAAGGAGAACAACAACUGCUGGGGCGACUAUCACCCUUACAACAACGUGCUCUGGCUGCACUACCUCACGGAUAAGAUUCUGAAACAGAUGACCUUCAAGACCAAAUGUAACACCCCCACCUUGAAGCGAACAAGGAAGAAGAUCCAGCAUUUCCAUGAGACCAUGCUGACCUUCCGCUCUGCCACCGACCUGCUCUGCCAGCACAGUCUCUUUAAGUGAGCGGGGGCGGGGGGCGCCCCCCAACCCCAGCAGAGGGCUCGGGGCGGGAAGCCCCUGCUGCCGUUCUUAACCUCUAGCCCCAGAACAGGGUGGGAUUCCCAUGCGUAACAGGUGUCCAAGCAGCUUUUCAAACAAGAAUUUUGCUUCCCAGUGGAAACUGAAAUGUUUGUUAACAUGUUUAAACUUAAAAAUUAUUCUUAAAAAAUAAACUAUACCGGAGCAUAAAUGUUUACAGCUGAAAGGCCCUCUUGCUAACUGUCAGCAGACUCCAUUCUGUAAAUUCCUUCCCACCUUUUCCUUUUUGAGCCUUGAUACUUUAUAGAGACUGAGCAGGGGGAGAAAAAUCAGGAAAGCCCAAAGCCUCAGCUGUCGCAGUGAUCAGAUCUGGUGGCUGUAGGUGUCAGAAGGCUGGCUUUGGGAACCUCACUGCAGAUGAGGAGUCACCUGCGAGCAAAGCGCCUGUAGCAAAGCAGAGAUGGAGGCAGACAGUCUGGAAGGCAAGAGGAAAGGAAGAUGGUAGACACUUUAUAGGGAGAAGUGUGAGAAAUGCCACCUGUUUAUCAAGCUCACUUGCCAACCUCAAAGAAAAGCAGAAGUCAUUGAUUUUCAAAGGGAAAAUAAAUGACUCCAUGGCUACUAAAA